UGAGGUGUGGCAUGUAGAAAAGGUGCUGAGAUCUCUCCACUAUCUCUUUAAUAAUGCCCCAGCAAGAAGAGAGGAUUUCACAUCUGCAACCCUGUCAUCCACAUUCCCCUUAUCCUUCUGUGGCCAUCGUUGGCUUGAAAAUGUGCCUGCUGCAGAGAGGGCCAUUGAAAUGUGGCCGUCUAUUGAGAAGUUUGUUGACCAAGUGUCAACAAAGAAGGUGAAGAACCCAGGGAAUGCAUCCUUCAACACCCUCUCUGAGGCAAGAAAGGAUCCUUUUAUCUGUGCCAAACUCCACUUCUUUAUGUUCAUAGCAAGAGCCUUUCAACCAUUUCUGGAAAAGUAUCAAAAAGAUGCUCCCAUGAUGCCUUUCCUGUGGAAUGACUUGGAGGAUUUGAUAAGGAGCCUUCUCAAACGAUUCAUCAAGCGCGAUGCAUUGCCCACAAGUCCGUAUAAGCUGGUGAGGCUCGAUGUCACAGACCAGAAGCUUUGGCUUGGCACAAAAGAUGUUGACAUCGGCAUGGGUGCAGCAGCUGUUAUUAAGGGACUGUCAGGGGCCAAGGGCAGGGUGAGCGAGCUUGUUGUGCUGCAGUUUAGAAAAGAAUGCCAGGGUGCGCUUUCAAAAAUAUGCAAGAAGGCACUGGAUAAGUGCCCUCUAAAAUAUGCAACUGUCCAUAACAUGAUGUGUCUGGACCCAAGAAAAAUGUAUUCCAGCCCUGACGAAUGCCUACAGAAACUGAAACGCCUCAUUGAGAAGUUUUUGCUGGACAAACAGUUGACAGGCGGGAUAUCUUCUGGUGAUGUGAUUUCUCUACAGUUUGAGAAGGCCCUUUCCAAUGAGGGCAAAUUGCUGGAAUUUGCCAAUUUCCAGCCUUCAGUGUCCAGGGUUGAUGCAUUCCUGUCUCAGAAUCUUAGUUCCUACACUGACCUGUGGAACUUCUGCAAGAAGUUACUACUCCUCUCACAUGGACAAGCUGAAGUGGAGCGGGGCUUCUCAAUCAACAAAGAAGUGGAGACGUGCAACAUGUCUGAGGAGACAGUUGUUGUUCAAAGGCUCAUCUGUGAUCAAGUGAAUGUUUGUGGAGGGGUGACACGAGUGCCACUUACAAAAGAGCUAAUCAGUUACUGUUCUUCAGCACGGAGUCGUUACCGGGCACACUUGGAAGAGGAAAAAAAGAAGAGAGAGACAGAAGAAAACUCCAAGAAAAGAAAGUAUGUCGAAGAGGACCUGAAAGAGCUAAAGCAAAAGAAAAAAUCAAUUCGAGAAAUUUGCACAUCUUUGGAGAAUGAUGCAGAUAGAAUGGCAGUGCAAGCCGAAAGUUCAUGUGGUAGUAAAAUGGCCACAUUGAUCACAGAAUCCAAUUCUUUGAGGAGACGAGCUAAAGAUAAACAUAAAGAACUUAUUGAGUUGGAUGCAGAAAUUGAAAACAAGAUUGUAGAAUUGACAAAAUUGUCAUGAGGGCUUUUAGUUUCAGAACUUGAAAGUUUACAUACCUUUGGUGAUUUAUUUAGUUUAUUUAUUUGAUUUAUUUGCUGAAUGUUACUGACUGGGCCUAGUUCCUUUUUUGUUUGAGCAGCACUGUGGCUUUAUAGGUUAGUCCAAAGCCGUUUCUCAAUUUUUUUUCUCAUCCUAUGUAAGCAUGACUGUUUUCAUGCUAUUGUUUGUAUACUGUUAGUAGUAACUGAACAAAGCACUUUUAAAUACAUUUCUGAUCCUGAUCUUUCCUACAAUUGUCUGACUGGAUCUUCAAUCAUUACGUCUAUGCAUAGAUUAUUGCAUUUAUCUGUGUCUGAAAUGACAUGGAAAACACUAAUCUGUCCCUAAACCUUUCCUUGGGGGAGAACCCCUAAACCCACCUCAACAAGGCUAUUUGACAGCCACAUUAACUUGUGUAUUUGUGGGCUUUUGUAAUGUCCUGGGGCUGUCUUCCCUGCUAGGGGCCAAAAUUUAGAAAUUACUUGAAGUACCUUAAAGGCUGAAAGUUCAUCCAUAAUCAACCAUGUCAGGGUUCAGCAGGAAUCAGGACUUGCUAUAAAAGUUUUUUUAAGAAACGGUUAACGCUUCGUCCCUGUGACUUGUCUGGAGCGUGGCUCUUUGUGAGUUGUGCUGUGCUAAUGCUUCGCCACAUCAUUGUGUUGUCGCAUUGAACAUUUUUCAGUUUUUGGUUGUUGUGGUGAAGUCUUAAAUUUUCCUUUUAGAGGACUUAAAAAGGUCUUGAAAGUUAUUAAAUUUGCUGUUACAAAAUGUGCAGAUACCCUGCAGUUGUAUCAUCAACAAAGCCUCUGUUUAUGCAGUAUAUGGGUAGUGUAGAAACAUAUAUCCUGUGCAAUAGGACAUACUAAUCACCCAAUCAACUUCAAAUAUUUAUCUUUAACAAGAUUCAAAACCUUGAUUAGAGCACUGAUAUAGAAGGUUUUAUAGUUAAGCAGUUAAGACACAAACAGGAAGGGAUAGAAGGCAGGAAAAAAUAUUAAGAUAUUCAGAGUUAAGGAUCAGACCGAAAAGGGUGAACAACAGCAGUGAUAUGAUGAGAGGAACAGGAAACAGGUUUAUUGGAUGCUCACUAAC